UGAAGAUCGCCGUCCCUCCAAGCCUGUCGUCUCUUCUCAUCAUCACUUUCUGAGAGCAACGUUUUCAUCUGAGCAUCAGACAAAUUCAGAGGCGCAAGCAACUUCCAGCAUGAAUAUUCAAAGAUGCUCAGAGACACGGCGAAUGAGCUGUUGAUAUCGGCGAAGAUGCAUUCAUAGUUUUUCACGCUUUGGACCACGCUGACCUGCCAUUUAUCUUAGACUCAAAGUGUGAAGACGUGCUGAAUUACUUGCCCCUUCCGCAUAAUGUUCAAGUCCGCUUAUAAGCAAGGGAACUGCUCCCAGGACCAAGCCAGCAACCUCAAAUCCCGACAUCUGUUUGCUUCGAAUUCGAAACCGCUGGAAGGGACGGCCUUACAAUCAGUAUCAGAAUGAAAGGAAUACUCCACGCAAAGCAUGGUACCUCGAAAGAGUUCCAAUGCCAAUUCCGGCAAUGGCAGAAGGUGUUGUUUCCGAUGUGUUGUCGACUCAGCCGCAUGAGGCUGCAACGUGUGAUCGCUCACUUACCCCGCCAUCACUGCACCUUGUCUGUUCCUUCCUAGUCUGAGUUGGUCAAAUAUCGUCGCUUCGUUCUCAGCUGCGACAAUCUGUGCCUGCGACCAUUCCAUCAAUCGAGUACAGGACGACAUGGAACCUCUCAUCUCCGACGCCUUUUCAGAUUGCCUCGCGAAGUUCGAGCAACUGGUAGAGACACUCAGCGGUGCUGUUCCAUCCCAACCUCAAUCCAAUUCCUUUGCAGGCGCCUGCUCGGAUGAACUGGUCAAGUUCAAAUUGUGGGCGGGGAAUCUAGGGGCUGGGUACUCCGGGAAAAGGUAUGAGCUUUCUCUCGACUAUCGUUUGAGGGAGGCGUCAUUCUUCAAAGAGCAGGUGUUGAGAUUGCUACGCAUCCUGGCCGUUCAUCUCGAUGUCGCUCUAUCUCUGGCCGCGAACAAUUAUUCCGACGGUCACCUCAGGGUAGUUGGUUCUGCCGACCUCUCACAGGACCAGAAAGCACCAAAUUUAGCAACUACAGAAGACGACGAUUCACCCUGGGAUAUAUCUUCUGGUUCAGAAAGUGAGACUGACAAACCUCCUAAUCGUAAUGCAGCGGACGCGGACGACCAAGUCAUGUCUCCAAAAGCAAUCACAUCAAGGUGGAUCACGCAGGAAUCAGACAUGCAGGCACGCAUGCCCGACCAAUCUUUGGCAUCAUCAUCAUCAUCAUCAUCUCCCCUGAGGGUAUUAGAAUCCAUCCAAUUCACACUUUCUUGCCUCUGUCGGCUGCCCAUCCGGAAGCCGGCACCGUUUGAUCGCAUAAAGCAACGAGCUUUCUUGGAUACCUCUCCAUAUCAGCAAUUCGAUACAUCCUAUGUCCAAGACAAAUAUCCUCGCCUGGAUGAUGAGGUUGCCGCUCGCUUUGGUAAGUUGAUUACCAGACGCCGUCAACUCUUGCGCUAUCGGCAGACCCACCACGAAAGCCUUAAGAGUCCUGCUCUGGAGAAGACUUCAGCAAUUGAUGCGAAGAAAGGUUCUAAAUCUGAUCCAUCGAUUGACUCUGAGUUGGAUGAAAGUUCCGUCGUAGUACCACCCGACCCACAAGACAUUGCUAGUGAACAUCCUACACAAAGGACAAAAGCAACCACUAUGAGAGUGAGCGAUGAAUUGCCUGAAAUAUACCCUGCGUCAAUUCCAGAGUCCAAAUCAUCUGUCGCUUCGACCUAUACUGCAAAGGAACUCAAAAUCGAAGUGCCACCCCGACCCAGAGCAGGAGAUGGGUGUGAGCUGGAAGAUUUUGAGUGCCCCUACUGCUUACUGUUUCAGACCAUCCGCACGGAUCAUCAGUGGAAGAAACAUGUCCUGGAGCACAUACAGCCCUAUACGUGUACUUUUCCUGCUUGUGGAAUGUCAGAUAUAUUCUUCGAGGACCGCGAGCAAUGGUGGAGACACGAAUUGUCGAUGCACCGAGUUGUAUGGCAUUGCAAUGAAGUUGACCAUCCGGAGUUUGAAGAUCAAACCCAUUUUAUCAAUCACAUGACUACAUCCCACGGUAUUCAAAUGACGCCAGAGAAACUGCAUUCCUCACAGGGCAUGUUCCAAUCCCCUAGCAAGUCUCCCGGCGGGGUGUGCAACCUCUGUCAAGCCUAUUCUAAACGGCUCAAGAGCCAUGUGGGCCGUCAUCUGCAACAGCUUUCUCUUUUCGCUCUUCCACGAUUCAAUGAUAUUCAAGGAAGUGGCAAAGCUGAGCUUGACAGCGAGAGCUCACGCCUAGUGGUCGAGAACGAGCCUAGAUCUUCCAGAUCAUCAUCUAUCUCCGAAGGACCGGCGGAAGGUACUGCCCAUCAACCCUAUAGCAGAGAUGACAGGCAAAUUCUUGAAGGCUUUGGCCAGGAUUAUGUGUAUGCCCCUGAAAUACCAAAGCUUGCUACAGAGGUUGACUGGGACAAUGUGACGGACAAGUUCUCUCAAGCUCGGGGUCAAGCAGCAACCCAGACGGUCACAUCGACCGAAAUUCAGAUUCUAUCGCGACGCAAAAUUCUGGGAGUUUGCGCCUUCGACGAAAUGGCCAGAUCAAGUUCGAGUCAAGAGAUUUGGUCCCGUCUCCUGUCCUCCGGUAUCCAAGUCAUUAUCUUUGGCGAUAAGACUAUUCUAGAUGAUGAUUUCGAGGACUGGCCUAUCUGUGACGCGCUGCUUGUAAACGACUCUGAGCACUUUCCGCUCCACAAGGCCAUUGCGUAUGCCAGGCUCCGUCAGCCCUUUCUUAUCAAUGAUCUGUGGAUGCAAGACGCGUUGAGGGAUCGUCGCAUAUCCCUAACGAUACUAGCCCGGUACAGUAUGCGAACACCAAGACAGGUAUUCGUCAAUCGUGAUGAUUGGCAUCUUGUCGCACCCGAGGGACGCGAACACGUUCUUCAAAAAUCGGGCUUCGAUCUCCGCCGUGGAGUCUCCUUGACAAAGCAUGUGGAAAUGUCUUAUAAUGGAGAUAGCCUUUGGGUGGAUGGAACACAAAUCUUUAAGCCCUUUGUUGAAAAGCCCGCUAAUGCAUGGCAUCAUGAUUUUCUUGUCUACUUCCCCAGCUUCCAAAGUGGUGGAGCCCGAAGGUUGUUCCUCCACGGUGGGAAGGCUAUGUCUGAAUACAUUCCAGACUUAAUUUUACCACGAUGUUUUACUGACAAGGGUUCAAGUUAUAUCUAUGAAGCAUUUUUAGGUGAACAAAGUGCGAUGCAUAUCAAAGUCUUCAACAUGGACAGUCUAUUCUGCCAUGCAAAAAUGCGGAGCUCCCCGUUAGUUGAUGACAGAGUACGCUUGGAUACCAACGACAAGGAAAUGAGCCACACAAUUUCCCCGAGUGUUCAUGAGAAAUUUCUAUCAAAUAAAGUCACUCAAUUGUUUGGGCCGCGAAUAUGCAGUGUUGGAUUUAUACGGGUAGAUUCUGGCCUGAGUUAUGUCGUCAGUGUUGGCAGAUGUGAGUUUCCGGGAAGUGAUGAGGACUACUAUGAGCAGUGUUCUACAAUAUUGCGGUCAUGGAUUGAUGGUACAGAAGAUACAAAUCAGGUUCUGCCGACCAUCCCAUCGCUACCGUCAUUCAGCCUUAAGGGUCUUGUGGUAUGUAUUCAGUCUGGCGACCACGUGCCGAUGCAGUCUCUAUCCUUCCAUUCUGAAUCCGAAGAGCUUCACGUUCUUCUGAAGCAAGCUGAAGUAACCUCAAUCCGAGGGAGCACCGUUCUGAAGAAGGCCUUGAAAGAAGCUAAGCCUGCCCUUUUGGGUAACUUCGAGAACUUUGAUCAAUCUCUCUGGACAACAUUAUGCAACUCCGAGGAUGUACAGGUGAAACUCUGUCAAGAGGAAUACACCGCAUCGCAAAGAUACAUCGCACAGCCUUUGUAUCAAUUGUCAUGGGGUGGUCGAUCUGUGCACUCGUUGAGAUAUCAGUGUGAGGAUCUUGGACGGAGUAUGCGAGAAGAAUACGCGUUGCUUAACAGAACCAUGGUUGAUGAUGUCGAAGUCCAUUGUGGGCCGGGACGAGUAUCUUGCGCCAGUGCAGAAUUUUGGGCAGCGUCAUUUUUGGCUAGACAAGAGGUUGGAGUCAACGGUGACCAACUUCCCCAAGUCAUGGAACUACUAGAUGAUCUGGGGGCUUGCGACAGAGAGAAAAUGCAGAACAUACUCGGAAUGAUGAGGGCCCGGGCUAAGCACGGUCGCGGCGAUGUUGGGGGUUGGUUUGAAGUAAGGGCAGCUCUGCGCGAAUGCAUCCGGGACAUGAAUUCAAAUUUCGAUGCCCAGAAUCACCACCACGACGUACAAGUCCAAGGUCAAUGGUGCACUGGAGAAGACGAGCGACUGUUCAGAUUCAGGUGGCAAUUGCUCUUGGACUUCUUCGAACUACACGAUGAAUUAUACAAUCACCCUUGGGACCUCCCUUUGGACCCUUAUGCCCUCAUCAGAUUCGACGCUUUACACAAUCGCCAGAUUGCGAUAUGGGCUAAUUCUCCUUGGGAAUCAGGACUUCCGAGAUCGAACGCACCGCUUCCUCAACAACUCGUGAGGGCACACGAUGUUUUGAGAGACUGGAAUGACGAUGUGAAGCCUCGCCUUCACCACAUAGCAAAUAUAGCAGCUCCAGCAGCUCGCUCAUUGCUUACAGUUAUCAUGGACAAGCUUGAGACUCUGAAGACAAUUGACGGGCGUACUAGCGCGUUUUUCACGGAAGAACAUCUCAUGUACGGCUUAUAUUACUUAUGCACGGACCUCUGGUCACAGGAGGCAAAGUCAACGCCGGCACCGAUCUUCGAAGAUGUUGCUCAGCUGUGCUUUGAACUGUGGGAGUUAACUGGAAAUAACGGCAGCCAGUAUCUUGUUCGCCUCCGUGCAAGCCCAGGCUGUCGGACCAAUAAUCCGUUUCUGGUAGAUGUGGACUCCAAGCACACGGUAGAUGCAGUUCCUGCAGAAAUUAUAGGAGGCUAUCUGAGGUUAGAAGAUCUCGUCACUCGCUGGCAAAUUGUCACUGAAGAUGACACUGGGAAGACGAGCUAUCUGUGAACAGGAUGGAAGUCACCCAACAGUGAUUCGGCAUAUUCUUAGAAAGCUUCCUGCCCGAGGCAGAAAUAUCACAACCUACAUAUGACGGCAAACCGACAUCGAAGUCCCUUGCCGCCCUGGGAACACACACAAUCCAAAACAAUUCUCAAGACACUACCGAUGCCACGAUUCACGAGUCUGGAGGAAGCGACGACAUAGGACUUCAAUAGGAGAUGCAAUCAUCCAGGAGGCAAAGUGCUGUUGUGUGUGUGGACUUGUAACACGAUCAAUUGAUCC